AUGAUUAAAUCAUAUUAUUUAUUUUUUAUAAUAUUAAUUUUUUUAAUAUUUAUAAAUAAUUUUAUAUUAUGUGAAAAUAAUAAUAAUAAUAAAUAUAAUAAUAAUAAUAAUUAUCCUUUCAUAAAUGUGGAUAAAAUUAUUUAUACCAAUAGUUCAAAUUCAAUUUAUUUAGUAUGGAGUAAUGAACAAUUUAAUUUAAUAUUACAAUCAUCAUAUAAUGAAGAAUUUGAUGAUAUUGUUAUGAUUGGAGAAUAUUUUGAUAAGAUUGAAACCACAGGUUGGGGAGAAUUGAAUAUAACAUUUAAUUCAAAUUCAGCAACAAUACAAAUUAGUGAUAAUGAACAAGCUUAUUUUACAGGAUUUAUUGAAUCGGUUUUAACUGGUGAAAGAAUUAAUCAAAUGUAUAAUAAUUUUGCAGCUUCAGAAUUUACAAAUUCAGAUCAUACGCCAUCACCAAAAUUAAUUGAUUUCUUAAAUACUCAAAUGGAAUUCGUUAGAGAUCAAGUAUUUGAAAAUAAUGGAUCAUCACAAUAUUGGUAUUCAACUGGUUUAAUUAUGUCUCAAUUUGAUGGUUUAGUAAAUGGUUAUCAACAAUCACCAUUCCCACAAUUAUCUGAAAUUCAAUUAUAUAUUUUAACAUCUGCUGGUGAUUUAGAAACUUUAGUUACAUUAUUCCCAUCAUCGUCAUCAUCGUCAUCUUCAACAACAAAUGAAAAUAAAAAUAAAAAUAUUAAAAUAUCAUCAAUAAAACCAAAUUUUAAAGAUGAAUUAACAGAUUGUUCAGGAUUUAUUAGAAUUUUACCAGAUUAUUCAGAUGUUUAUUUUGGACAUACAACAUGGAGAUAUUAUUAUGCAUUAUUAAGAAUUUAUAAAUUUAUAAAUUUACAAUUCAACUUUCAAGAUACACCAAUGGAAUAUAAAGUUUCAUUUAGUUCAUCACCAGGAUUUAUUUCUUCAAAAGAUGAUUUCUAUAUCACUGGUAAUAAAUUAGCAAUUAUGGAAACUACAAAUAACAUUUACAAUGAAUCACUAUAUCAAUAUACAAUUCCACAAUCAGUAUUAGUUUGGCAAAGAGCAAUGAUUGCUAAUAUGAUUGCAACCAAUUCAAGUGAUUGGGUAAAAAUAUUCUCUGAAUUUAAUAGUGGUACUUAUCAAAAUCAAUGGAUGGUAUUUGAUUAUAAAUUAUUUAUACCAAAUAAACAACAAUCAUCAUCAUCAUUACCUCCAAAUACAUUUUGGAUUGCUGAACAAAUUCCAGGUCAAGUUAAAACAGCAGAUUUAACCAAUAUUUUAAAUGAACAAGGUUAUUGGAAAUCUUAUAAUAUUCCAUACUUUGAAUCAAUUUAUAAUAUUUCAGGAUACUCUGAAAAAACUGAUUUACCACCAUCAUAUCAAUAUUCUUAUGAAAAAUGUCCAAGAAGUUUAAUAUUUUCACGUAAUGCAUCUGAUGUAUUAAAUUUUGAAGAUAUGAAAUCAUUAAUGCAAUUUAAUAACUAUAAAACUGAUCCAUUAUCAUAUUCAUCACCAUUGAAUUCAAUUUCAUCAAGAGGUGAUCUAUUAACAAUUGAAAAUGGUAAUAGAAGUGCUGUUGCAUUUGGUGGUGUUGAUUCAAAAAUUACUUCUUUUAAUCAAGUUUUAACAUUAUCUUGCACUGCAAUAUCUGGUCCAUCAACAAAUGGUGGUACUUUACCACCUUUCACUUGGUCACAAUCACCAUUAUUUCAAAAUAUAACUCAUAUUGGUGUACCUGAAACUUUUAAUUUUGAUUGGCAAGAAAUGGGUCCAUACCCAAAUUAA